CCAGUGCCUUGCAAAUGUACGGCAGGUUCGCUGAUGACCUGCCAGUCGUAAUUCCUGUCUUUUUUUUUUGUAACGGCUUUGUGCUCGAAGUGGUUCUUAUGCUCCAACUGAAACCUAUACUGAAACCUAUACUGAAACCUCCACUGAAAUACCACGUCCUGGGACGACUCUACUGAUCCAGUCGCACAUAAUUGUUGUUGUUUACUUGACUAGAGAUUCAACCAAACAAUGAUGUAGAGAACUGGGGUCCACCUGGUAAUUAUGUGGCUGGCAAAUAUCGGAUUGUAUGUACUGC